AUGCGAUCGAAGACCAAUCUCAGAGAAGUCGCAACUAUAGGGGAUAUAACCAAUUCUGGCUUUUGUGAUAAACCUGAUGCACCUGCUGACUCUAACUUUUUAAAUGAGACAGAAUCUGAAACCAGAAAAUCCAAUCGAGAGUUGGAUGUGGCCAACGAUCAACCAAUUUUCUCCACUGAUGCCACCGGCAACAUUGUGCUAUCGGAUGGAACCCCUGUUGUCCAACCAGCUGGUGUUGAGGAAACGCAGGGUUGUUCUUUCCAGUUUGAUCUUCAAGAUGGUGUCUUGCCGAGAAAACCACUUGCAAGUGCCUUUCAAAUUGGCGGUGUGGAUACUGCAAGGUGCACUAGUUGCGCUGUUCGCAUUAGUCCGUUUGCCUGUGCAAUGCAUCCUCAUCUGAGUGUUAUUGUUUGCAAGGUAUCCACUGCUGUCAAGACUUCGAAUUCAUGCCUAUCAAACAAUUAUAACACCUGUGAAUGGUACUUAGAACACACGAGUGUUGCAGGAAUUCUCAACCAGAUAUCAAGCAUUCACCCUCCCAUUAUUCGUCCUGUGGUCCAAUCUCUCCGUUUCUGUGUCGAAACAUUCAGCAAUGACAUCAAAAGAGUUGAAGCGAAUUUGUCCCGAGCGAGGACUCUUGAGGAAGUGCAGGCGAUUGUGCACUCGUUUCAGAGCAUCUACCGCUUUCACCUACUUGGGCGGAUCGCUAACGUAGUUUCGCGAGUUAACACGGAUCUUGGGGACAAGGCUUCAACAUGCUCUUCACAGAUACCAAAAUUGACUGAUACCAUUGACCUAACCGAUGAUUUAGAGCCCGUUGGGCGACCAACUAACGGGCAUCAUCCGCCAGAAACACAGUUGACAGCUUCCACACCCCCUAAUGCUUCUAGGCGAAGGCGCGGGAGUGCUUCCAACUCAGCCUCCAGUGCGUCUCCCUCGAAAAAACGGCGGAAAACCCUAGAGAACUCUACAGAUAGAAUCAGGGUCGCCCCUCCCACUUCAUUGUCCUCUUCGAUAUCCCACGAGGUGAUGGGGAAGUGGGCCUCUGAAGCAGACGGCGUUGUACCCGAUUCAGCUAAAUCAACAGCUGGUGGGCUAGCCAGGGAAGUCGCAUUCCAAAGGAAUUACCAUUUUGAUUUGGUUCUACAAAUGCCUUCUCGAUUAAAGCGAUCCGGUGGCAGCCAGAGCUCCCCUAUGAGUGACAACGGAAGUACAACUGAUAGCACUGCAAGCUCAGCUUUUGCAAAACGAAGGAAACCUUCUGUUAACUCAAGAAAUAGCGAUCCUUCAGCAACGCUUCAGCAUGUUCGCUCCCGAAACUCGCGCCCCAAUAUGUUCAACGAUAGUGAAUCUAUCACUAUAUCCUCAGAUUCUGAAAGCUCCGAGUCUGCUGCAGAUCCUAAGCACAGACAGUCUGCUAGCGAUUCUGUGAUAACUGAACAAUUUGUGAAUCCUCACUCUCUUGUCGAUGCUGACAGUCAGCACCUCACUACCACAUCUGCAUUUGACGAUGAAAUAAUGAUUUUUUCUUCCUCCUCUUCCUCCCCGGAAAAGAAUUUCUCUAAUUCCAUUAUUCAACGGCAAAGGAUUGAAUCCUCCGAUUCUGAUGAAGAAACUAGAAAAAAGACUAACAAAGUCGGGUCGCUAAGCGCUCUAAAUGAGACAAAGGAUGAAGAUAAAUGCAAAAUUGUUAUUAAUUCUUCCUCUUUCCCAUCUGCAAAGAAUUCCUCCAAUUCCACAGUCAGGCGUGCUGCCACAACCUCUUGUUCCGGUGAGGAAAACAUAAAGCCAGAGGGAAGUAAGCCAAUGAAGACAGAGGAGGACGGAGAUGUGGGGAUUCCGAAUCAGGAAACCAAUCGCGAAAUCACUCUUAAUUUCUCCAUGGAAGGAAGUACAGUCAAACCAAUUAUCCGACGUCGAAAAAUCGCUUCUUCUGGCUCUGAUGAUGAAGGUAAUGAGAAGGUAACCGAUAACAAAUCGAUGGUAGUGGGUGGAGGCGAAGAGGUGAAGGUGGGUCAGAAUACAUGCGAAAUCGCUCUUGACUACACUACUGCGAAUAGUGGGAAAUCCGCAUUGCGACGUCGGAAUAUCGCUUCUUCUGGUUCUGAUGAGGAAACGGCGAAAAAAGCUAAUGGAGAUGGAUCCAUGGGUAUGGAAAGUGGAGGUGAAGUGGAAAUCGAUAAGUCUACAAGAAAACGUGGGCGCUCCAUGAAACACCGUUUGCGUCGAUGUCGUAGGUCUUCAAGUUCCAGCAGCAGCAGUAGUAAUAGCAGCAAUAGCCGUAGCCGUCUCUCAGAUCUUCAUGUUGAUGAAGAUAGUGGUAUGAAGGAGAGAAGGGGUGAGAAUAAAAAAGCAGCAGAGGAAAAAGCGAAAAGAGACGCUCGUGAAGAGGAAGAGGGCGCAGAGGAGGGAGAAGAUGUUGAUGACAAGGAUGGUAGAAAGGGAAGGAAGAAGAUUAGGAAGAUUCUAAAGGACAAAAAGCUCUCCUCUGAAACUAAAAAUGCAGAAGCUCUGGAGCGUGAAAGGCGGAAACGUCUUGAAGAAAGGCAGAGAUUGUACAACAGUGUGUUGGAAGAUGCGAACGAAGGGUCUGCGUCGAAGAGUUCGCGUCUGGUGCUCGAUUUCAAAAAGGAUUCCGAUGAUCCUCUUGUAGAAGUACAUCCGGAUUUUGUUAAACAUCUGAAACCCCACCAGGUGCAAGCCGUGCGUUUUCUCUACGACAACAUAAUUGAGUCCGUGGAGGAGCACAAGGAAAAUAGAAGUAGGCUUAGCGGCGCCAUCUUGGCGCAUUGCAUGGGGCUGGGCAAAUCGCUUUCUACCAUCGCCUUCAUCCACACCUUGCUGAUUAACAAGGAAGUAGGUCUGGGAAUAAGCACAUGCCUCAUUCUCUGUCCGGUGAAUACACUUCUAAACUGGCACCGAGAGUGGCGGCACUGGAUGCCCGAGAAUGCUGAGGUCAACGUCUAUGAACUGGCCACGGCAGUAGCCAACAAUUUCCGUAUCGACGUAAUUCGCCAUUGGCAUUCUGAGGGUGGGAUUCUCCUGAUGGGCUAUGACAUGUACCGCAACAUAACUACCUCGUUGCUCAAAAAGACGCGCAAACAGGCUUAUAAGAAGCUCAUUCCAACUGCUCUCAUCGACCCGGGACCGGACGUUGUGGUCUGUGAUGAGGGACACCUACUGAAAAACUGCAAAACCGGUGUCACCAAGGCGAUAAACAAUCUCAAAACACCAAAACGGGUCAUUCUCACGGGAACUCCAUUGCAGAACAACCUUUCUGAGUACUGGACAAUGGUGAACUUUGUAAAGCCAAAUUUACUGGGAUCUGCUAGGGAAUUCGCCAACCGUUUCGUGAAUCCAAUCAAGAAUGGUCAACAUUCGAACUCCACCCAACGCGAUGUUCAGCUUAUGAAGAAGCGCGCCCAUGUCCUUUUUAAAACUCUGGAUGGAUGCGUACAAAGGAGAGACUACGGUUGCCUGACGCAAUAUCUCCCUCCGCGAUUGGAAUAUGUGCUGAAAAUUCGCCUUUCCAGCGUACAGUGCGAAUUAUAUCGGGCUUUUCUGCAGCACCGCCUGGAGGGGGGUGUGUCAGGCUCCAGUGACGACCAGCGAAAUACCCUCUUCCGUGAUCAGCAAACCCUUUAUCGGGUGUGGACCCAUCCGUACACCCUCCGAAUGCACGAGACCCGUGAGGCUAGGAGGCUUCUACUAGAGGAUUCGACGAGUGAGGACGAAGAAAAAGUGGAUGAAGAUGAAAGUAGCACUAGUGUUUCUGAGUUGGAAACCGAUUCUGGUGGAACCGUCAAUUCCAGAUCGAAAUCCGUUUCUUCCAGUUCAGACGUUGUUGCGACCAAGAUUACCCUAGCGUCUUCUCGUUCAACACGAGCGCGACUCCGACAAAUGCGAAGAAACGCGAGUGUCGUGGACAUCUUGGACAGCGAAGAUGAGACCAACCAGCUUGCGUCCACAGUCGUAGGGGAAGGAUUGGGUACUGAGAAACGGGUCAACGGCAAACCCGAUAACGCGAGUGAAAGCGAUUUGCUAAAGCCUUGGUGGUAUUCCUUCUACCGAGAUGAAUACGAUCUACGAAUUGAUGUGGGCGCCAAGUUGAGUACCCUCUUCUUCAUUCUCAAAAAGUGCUCCGAAAUCGGUGAUAAAGUCCUUGUCUUCUCGCAGAGUCUAUUUUCUCUUGAUCUCAUCGAGUGGUUCCUUGCAGCCAUCGACAGGCAGUGGUGCAUGUCUCAGGGUCUGGAAGUGGAUACAAAUUCGAAGCAAUCACAGGAGCUGGACAAGCUUCUUCAAUCAGAGGCAUUUGAGAUGCCUUCUCUGGUGGACUACUUCUCAGACAUGGAUCGAAACACCUGGCGGCGUGGUUAUGACUACGAACGGAUCGAUGGAAGUCUUUCAGCGGUCCAACGGAAUUCUUUACAGACUCGAUUUAAUAGCCCAAGCCAACGUUUCCGUUUGUUGAUCAUCUCAACCAAAGCGGGUGGUUUGGGUGUCAAUUUAACCGCGGCGAAUCGUUUAGUUAUUUUUGAUGUGUCCUGGAAUCCCAGCCACGAUGUACAGUCCAUAUUUAGGAGCUAUCGGUUUGGCCAGACCAAGCCUGUUUAUAUAUACCGCAUGGUUGCACAGGGCACGAUGGAAGAGAAGAUGUAUGAUCGUCAAGUGACGAAGCAGUCACUCGCAUUGCGUGUUAUCGACGAACAGCAGAUUGACAGGCACUUCAAAGAAGAAGACCUAAGGGAGCUUUACACAUUCGAUCCGGAUGCAUGGGAUGUCGCAACAGCGGAGAAGAGAUCUCCGCCAGUUCUUCCUAGGGAUCGUCUGCUCGCCGAUCUUCUUUCGGACCAUCCCAACCUUGUGGUCAGCUACCAUAACCACGACUCUCUGUUGGAAAACCGGCUGGACGAAGGUCUGUCUGAGGCCGAGCGGGCUGAGGCUUGGCGCGAGUACGAGGAGGAGAAGCGCGUGGGUCGCCCGAUGACUGACUACCAACGACUUCUUCUCAACAAUCCAGAGGCCGCCGCGGCGUUGAUGGCUCAGCGACAACGAAUUGAGGAGGAGCAGCGUCAGCGCAUGAUGGCUAUGGCCGCUGCCUACGCUGCUGCCACCGCCAGCAAUCGGAUGCCCUAUGCGUCAAUUAACCCCAGUCCACUCGGACUCAUUGACUCCAUGUACACCACCGUGUCAGCCCACACUCUCACUUCUCACCGACCAGAGCCCUCCUCUGGUUCCAGGCCACCGCAGCAACAACAGCGAGAUGUCUUCUGGGAAUCCUUCAAUGCGAUGCGCAACAUGCUGUUGACUCGAUACCCGAUGCUGGCGCGGUCUCCAAGCACGCUUCACGAUAUGGCCUUGCGCCUCUUUGUGAACAGUGUAGCUGGCAACGUGGCCGCUCAAAACACUCUAGCCAUCCCACACACCGUGGCACCGCCUUCUUCCUCCUCUAUGCCCUCCUCUUCCGCCGCUGCCGCCUCUAACAUCACUGUGGAGCGCUAUCCUGCUCCCAACUUCUCCGAGCCCGUAAUCCCCACAUCAACUAUCGCCAGUACUCCUGUGGUCGUGGACGUUGACGACUCCUCAAAUGACGACUCCUGA